AUGGGAGCUCCCUACUACAAAUAAGUGAGCAAAGACCUCCGCUUCACUCGCAUCUGCUUCGCCCCAAGCUUUCAGCGACUCCGUUUCCCAAGUCAUGGCUUUGAAAUCGUUCAUCCAAGUCCACCCCGACUCCCAUUUCCCCAUCCAAAACCUUCCGUACGGAGCGUUCAAACCCGAACCUGCUGCACCGGUCCGCCUCGGCGUGGCAAUCGGCGACUAUGUCUUAGACCUCUCCGAGAUCGCCAAAGCCGGUCUAUUCGACGGUCCUAUGCUCACCGGCUCCGAUUGCUUCCUUCAGGCUACUCUCAACAAGUUUUUGGCGCUGGGACGGCCUGCUUGGAAGGAAGCUCGUGCUACACUUCAAAAGCUAUUGUCAGCUACGGAACCAACCUUGCGUGAUAAUGCAGACUUGAGGCAGAAGUCACUUGUGCCGAUGAGCAAGGCAGAAAUGGUUCUUCCUGUGGAAAUUGGAGACUACACAGACUUCUUUUCAUCUAUGCAUCAUGCAAAGAACUGUAGCAUCAUAUUUCGUGGACCUCAAAGCCCAAUUCCACCAAACUGGUUCCAUCUUCCUAUUGCAUAUCAUGGACGAGCAUCAUCUAUUGUCAUCUCUGGAACUGACAUUACUAGGCCAAGGGGUCAAGGCUAUCCAGCUGGUGACUCUCCACCAUAUUUUGGACCUUCUUUGAAGCUAGAUUUUGAACUUGAAAUGGCUGCUGUAGUUGGUCCAGGAAAUGAAUUAGGGAAAACUAUAGAUGUUAAUGAGGCAGCAGAUCAUAUCUUUGGACUUGUCUUGAUGAAUGACUGGAGUGCUAGAGAUAUUCAGGCAUGGGAAUAUGUUCCUCUUGGACCCUUUCUUGGGAAGAGUUUUGGUACUACAAUAUCCCCUUGGAUUGUGACACUAGAUGCUCUAGAGCCUUUUGCAUGUGAGGCUCCUAAGCAGGAUCCCCAUCCAUUGCCAUAUCUGGCAGAGAAGAAUUCCAAAAACUAUGAUAUUACAUUGGAGGUUCAAAUUAAACCUUCCGGACAAAAGGAUUCUAGUGUGGUUACAAGAAGUAAUUUCAAGAACCUAUAUUGGACGGUGACCCAACAGCUUGCACACCAUACAAUCAAUGGUUGCAACCUGAGGCCAGGCGAUCUCCUUGGAACUGGGACCAUUAGUGGGCCUGAGCCAGACUCUCUUGGAUGUCUGCUGGAACUAACAUGGAAUGGACAGAAACCAUUGUCAUUAAAUGGGACACCUCGAAAAUUCUUAGAAGAUGGGGAUGAAGUAAUCUUCACCGGUUGCUGCAAGGGAGAUGGUUACAACGUUGGUUUCGGAACCUGUGCCGGUAAGGUUCUUCCGUCACACGACUGAGGAAACCGUUGUUCGAUGGGGAUAUAAGAGGGAGUACAUGCCACUCACGUUGCCAUUGUUGGUGUUGAAGAAAUCUCACUGGAAAUCCUCAGAGCUGAAAAUGGUGUGUUUGCUGUAUUAUUUAUUGAUUACAAUGUUUAACUUAGUUGUAGCAGUUGAUGGUAUGCUGGAAUUGCUUGAUACUCUCUUCCUCUAAAUCAUGCCCCCUUCUUACCUAUAUUCACAUAGAA